AUUGAGUCAACCCAAUGGGUGAUGCAACAUGCACAAGUGACUGUUCGAGGUGACACGAGCUACCGCAAUUUCCAAGUACCCUUGCCCUUAAAUUGACUCCUUACGCACUUUGAUUCACCGGUCUUGGAACAGAGACUGAGUCAGAGCGAGUUGUUUUACCUUUGAUACCCCACCGUCUCAAGGAGUGUCCUAGAAAAACUCCACAACAACUGCAAUCAUGGACGCUGUCAAAGAGGCUGCCGAUGGCGUGAAGAAUCUCGUUGUAUCAAAAGAUCAAAAGCCAAAGAAGGAGAAGAAAAAGAAGGGUGGUAUCGCUGCCGAUGGCCGACCGUUGAUGCUGGAUCCCCGACCGACAUACAUUGACCACCGAAUCGAGAUAUUCGAGAAGCUGAAGGCAAAGCACGACGAAGAAAUCGCCCAAAAACCGCGCGAGAAAAUCGAUAUCACACUCGAGGACGGCAAGAUCUUAGCAGGAGAAUCGUGGGUCACGAGCCCUGCUGACAUCGCGAGGGGCAUCAGCAAGAGCUUGUUCGAGCGUACGGUCAUCGCCCGUUUGGACAAAGGAACCGAUGACGAGACGUUGUGGGAUCUGGAGAGGCCACUCGAAAAGAGUUGUCGUCUGGAACUGCUCCCCUUCGACCACCCCGAGGGAAAGAAAGUGUUCUGGCAUUCAAGUGCUCACGUCCUAGGAGAAGCUUGUGAGCGUCGAUUUGGCUGCGAUUUAUGCAUAGGGCCUCCAAUUGAAGAUGGCUUCUACUAUGAGAUGUCUCUGCCUGAGAAGGCGGUAGUCGAGUCCACGGACUAUAAUCCUCUUGAGUCGAUUGUCAGCAGUAUCGUCAAGGAGAAGCAAGUCUUCCAGCGGCUGAGUCUCUCAAAGGAUGACCUACUGGAGAUGUUUAAGUCGAAUCCAUUCAAGCAACAUAUCAUCAAAGACAAGAUUCCAGAUGGAACGUUUACUACGGUGUACCGGAACGGGCCUUUAAUUGAUCUCUGCCGAGGACCGCAUGUGCCCCAUACGGGAAGGAUAAAGCAGUUCAAGGUCAUGAAGAACUCCGCAUCCUACUUCCUCGGAGAUGCAAACAACGAAAGUCUGCAGCGCAUUUAUGGAGUUUCCUUUCCAGACAAAGACCAGAUGGUAGCGCACCUCAAAUACUUGGAGGAGGCCGCCAAGCGAGACCACCGAAAGAUUGGCAAAGAGCAGGAACUCUUCUUCUUUCAUGAAUGGAGUCCGGGUUCGUGCUUCUUCUUACCUCAUGGCAUGAUCAUCUACAACACGCUAUUAGCCUUCCUCAAACAAGAGUACUGGAAGCGUGGUUACCAGGAGGUCGCUACGCCGAACAUGUACAAUUCCGCUUUGUGGAAGGUUUCUGGCCACUGGCAGCACUACCACGAAGACAUGUUCACGUUUGAGGUCGAAAAGGAACAAUGGGCUUUGAAACCUAUGAACUGCCCUGGUCAUUGUUUGGUGUUUAAGCACCGCGAACGCAGCUACCGAGAACUUCCUAUACGUAUGGCUGACUUUGGUAUCCUUCAUCGGAAUGAAGCCUCGGGAGCUCUUACGGGAUUGACGCGAGUUCGGCGGUUCCAGCAAGACGAUACGCACAUUUUCUGCACUGAGGACCAGAUCACGGAAGAGAUCUCUGGGCUGUUCGACUUCUUAAGGGAAGUCUAUGGCAAAUUCGGCUACACGUUCAAGCUAAAGUUAAGUACGCGUCCGGACAAGUUCCUUGGAGAAGUCGAGGUGUGGGACAAGGCCGAAGCGAAGUUGUCUGCAGCCUUGGAUCAGUUCACUGCCGAUGGGGGCGGUAAAUGGGAGCUCAACCCCGGUGAUGGGGCUUUCUACGGCCCAAAGAUCGAUAUCGCCAUCUCAGAUGCCUUGAAGCGAGAAUAUCAAUGUGCUACAAUUCAGCUCGAUUUCCAGCUUCCUAUCCGUUUUGGUCUUGAGUAUAUGACCUCCGAAGUUGCAAAGAAGGAAGAGGCGGCAGUCCUGGCACCGACGGAGCAAACGAAGCCACAGCCUGGGUAUGCUCGUCCUGUAAUGAUACAUCGUGCCAUAUACGGAUCCUUCGAGCGAUUCAUUGCUAUUCUGAUAGAGCACUUCGCCGGCCGCUGGCCGUUUUGGCUGUCCCCACGCCAAGUCCUCGUCAUUCCCGUUAUGCCUGCCGUCAACGAUUACGUCAAAGAAGUGCAAACUCAAUUGCGAUCGCAAGGUUUACAUGCAGACAUCGAUAUCUCCGGGAAUACAAUGCAGAAGAAGAUUCGAACGGGGCAACUGCAAUUGUACAAUUUCAUCUUCGUUGUUGGAGCCGAAGAACGCAACAGUAAGACGGUGAACAUUAGGAAUAGGGAUGAUCAGGCUACGCAGCAGAGAGGAGAGAUUGUACCACUUGACGAGGCCUUGAAGAAGUUGGUAGUGUUGAGGGACACUAGAGCUCUAGUGAACAAGAUGUAAGUGGUGGUGCUCAGGGAAAGGAAUGACAUAUGAGACGCCAUCCGAUGAAGGAAUGGUUUUUGGGGGGGGAUUCAUACACCACUUCUAUGGAGCUUAGAAAGGUCGCUCAUUAGAGCGGUUACAAAAAAAAAGCUUCGAAUCAAGUCUACAAAUAG